AUGGUGCGUAACGCGAAACAAGUUCUGGACCUGAUCAUCGGCGCAACUUUCAAAAAUCGUGAGUGGUUUGAGCAAGCUGUGAAACUCGGUGCCAACCCAGUCUUUGCCGGCUACUCUCUGGCGCACCUUGCUGAGGAUAACCAUCGGGAAGAAUAUUACCUGAUCAUGUCACUUGUCUAUUUUCCACCAGCUCUUCGUUCCAUAACACGUCUAAAAGCAUCUCUACGAGAUGCCAUGGGCUACAACGAAGCGCUAUCGGAAUAUCAAGAUGAGGGAUCCAAAAUCCGACUUAAAUUCUCCCGGUCUAGGCAGACCAGUGUAGACCACUUCGCUAAAUUGCUCGAUCAUGGGCCUGCCGGCCUGAAUACCUGGGUCUUAUACUAUAAUAAAGGUGAGGGAUCACUUGAGUCCUUGCUUUUACCGGAUCAUAAAUUGCCUUGGUUGCGAAGCUACCGUCUCCCUCUGCCGCAAACUAUCUCGUGGCAGGCGGAAGAGCCGGCAUGGCUCGAUAUUACCUUACCCAAAUGGGAAAAAGAAGACGACUGUUAUGCUAAAUGGUCUAAUUACGCCAAAAGACCAAUGCAUUCCUACGUCUGGAAAGCUAUAUUCGCCGACUUGUCGUAUAUCGAUGCAAUAGUCUCUCGUGGCCGCAAUGCCAUAGUCGUCUCCCGAUAUCUACCAUUCUUGUUUUCACAAGUUCCAACCAAGGCAAUCGACGUCAUAGUUGUCAUUCUUGGUCAGCAAGGCGAUUGUGGGUUCGAAGAUGAUCUUCUUCAGAAACCCGGAGGACUUCGUGAAUCUCUUCAUCCUCAUUCCUGGAAUGAGGAGCUUUGCGAAGCCACUUACACAGAUACCACUAUGACGGUAAAUAUCUGGCAAUGCCAAAAGCAAGCCAACCGUACUGCUGUUUACCAAAUGCUGGACACGUUAUGCCAGCGCAAUGAGGAGUCCCAAAAGUGGGAGACCUACAUGAUGUACGCCUGCGACGCAGAUUUUGGGCUUUACAAAAAAGAGUGUCAGUUUUCUGAACGGGAAAACAUGUUCUCACUGGAACUUAACCAGUGUUUUCACCUUGGGGAAGCACAACACUGGAAAUUUUACGAGUAUGAUAGGCAAGAUUAG